CAUUUGUUUACAUCCAUAUCAAGUAGCCGGUAAACAAUGUCGCGACUCUUUUGUGCUUUAUCAGAAGCACGGCUCGCUGCUCCAAGCUGCUAACAGUACAACAAACUCCACUUUCCAGGUCUGUAUUGCGGUGCCUGAAGUCUGUAUCCGAAUCUGAAGGGACGUUGUGCAAAGCGCUGCUCCGAACCCCCGCCCGUCAAGCUGCUGCUGCCAUCGUAGUCGGCUGUGCAGCAAUCAAUAGGACCUCUCUUCUCUUCGGUGCUCGCUGUGAUCUCAGUGUUCUGCUCUACUCCUUUCAGGUCUCGUCGUGUGCUCUGCCGCGAUCGCUCUGCCUUCACCCUAUUCGUGCCGUGUCAGUGCAACAAAUCACCGGCUUCGUCGAAUUUUCUUUAGGGAUCCCCUUCACGAAAUAUCAACAGAAAAGAUGAAGUGGCUUAUGUUCUGUGUAGUAGCAGCUUUAUUCGUUAGCUUCACAUCAGCGGAAGGAGAAAUCUGGGAGGAAGAUGACCAUGAAGUUUUGAUAAGGAACGAAAGAGGAACCAAAAAUCGCGAGGAGUGCAGGUACGGCAAGGGAGCCUGGUCAGAGUGUGACCCGAAGACGAAUAUGCGAUCGAGAUCACUGACAUUGAAGAAGGGCAAUCAAACCACCUGCGAGGCAACGAAGACCAUCCAGAAGAAGUGCAAGAAAGCUUGUCGAUAUGAAAAAGGAACUUGGGGUGAAUGUAACGCACAAAGUAUGAUGACAAGAACUGACAAAAUUAAGCCCAAUAGUGAUGCCUCUUGUGAACAAAACAGGCAAAUCACAAAAAAAUGCAAACCGAAAGGAGCCAAGCCCACUAAAGGUAAUAAGGGAAAGAAGGGUAAAGCUGCCCGUCGCAACAGACAGUAAAGCAUGGAAUGAGAUGGAAUUAAUAGGAUAAUAUCGUUUUUAAUAUACCUAUUCUCAUUAGCAAAUCAACAUCAUCAUCGUUCAUUUCAAAUAUCUAUUCAUUCUUUACUUUAUUUGAAUAAUUUUUCGUUUUUAAAUCAUUUUCAUCUGAAAAAUACUGGGUAAAAUUUUUCUUUUCGUUCCGGUUUCUACGUCACCUGAAUGUUCUUCAUAUAACACUUUCGACCAAUAUGUAUAUCAAACAAUACCUGAUAUAGAUGUAGGCUAUUUUCCCCAAAGUAAAGUUUUCAAUAUCUAUUGAGACAGCAAUACAUUUCAUGUAGUUAAUCAAAAUCAGGCGAAAUAAUCAUAACAUCAUACUCAAUAUAAAUGUACUUUAAGAAAUGAUUAUUUAUUAUCUGAUUUUUCGCCUUUUUUUCGACUCGUAUAGCCAAAUCCGAUUGAAUCAUGACUUGAUUGGUUCGAAUUCUCCAUCUAUUUUCUUUGUAUAGAUGUUUGUUGUAGAUUGUAUAAAAUAAUCAUCGAAAACUCAUAAUAUGUAAUAAAUUCAACUGAUACAAUAAGUUUUUAUAAGUUUGCAAUUAAUUUUUUUACUGGUGAUUUCUAUUACUGUACGAUAGUGAUAAUCUGUAUAAUGUAUUACAUUUGGGAAACAAAAUCAAUAAAAUAUAUAGAGAUGUAA